UAUGAGUAUGGAGUCCCAAUGCAUAUGUUAAAUCUUCCCCGUUUUUGAGUUCAGAGGGGAUGGUUGGCAUGACCAUGACCAACGUAUUCCUAAAACCCCUUCUCAUUCCCCUUCCCUCAAAAUUCUUGUUCCCUAACACAUUCAAGCCCUCCCUUGGUCAUACUCUUACAACAACUUUCUUCAUCCCACAUUUCUCCACAACCCCUCUCUCCUACGGACCCUCCCUCCGUAAAGGUACUAUACCCUCCCACUCCCAAUCCCAAUCAUCGCAAAAUCAAAACGAUGCCAUCCUCCGGGAAGAAGUCUUCACCCGCGUCUUCCUCCUCGCCGCCCUCCGUGUCCCCUCCGCCGAAUGCUCCGCCCUCGAAAGCCGACUCCGCGGCCACCUCCUCAACUGGCCCCGCGUCCGCAACAUCGCCCGCGUCCCCGGCGAUGACCUCGACCCUAGCCUCGCUCCUCUGUUACCUCAGCCAAUUAGCGGUGACGGCGAAUUCGAUAACGAAGAAGAAAGAACUCUCAUCUCGGUGCAGCGCCGGAUCCAUGGUAAGGCCGACGGAGAUGGCGACGUUCUGAGUCCCGUUCUGUACCGCGACAAACUCGCAAGGACGUUCAACUCGCGCGGAUUCGUGAAGUUCCGCAACCUCGCGAAGAUUUCGCGGCCGAACAGGAAUAAGAAGAGGAAAAAGAGGAAGGAGGGGAUGGAAGUGGAAGACGGUAGGCGCGUUGGGCAGAACGGUUUUGCCGUGGUUGAGGUUGUUGAGGAGGAAGAAGAAGAUAGUGUUGCUAUGAGGAAGUUGCUGGGAGAAGAAUUUGUCAGUAGCAAGUGGAGGGGCUCGACGAGGUUGCUGCUUCUGGACGAACGCUUCGCGGGUCGCGGUGUGGAGGAGUUGCCUGAGGCAAUUAAGGCUGUUUUGAAGGAGUAUGCAGAAAAGAAUACAAUGUUGACCCUUGAGCUAGUUAGAUGCAAGCUGACACUAUUCUAUGAUUACUGGCAGAUGACCGAGGUUUUGGAGACCUUGUUGCCUGAGGGUAUGAUUGUUCCUUCAACUUUUGAGUCUGUUGGUCAUAUAGCACACUUAAAUUUGAGGGAAGAACAUUUACCAUACAAGAGGCUAAUAGCAAAGGUUGUACUGGAUAAAAAUAGGCCAAAGAUACAAUCGGUUGUGAACAAGAUUGAUUCCAUUCAAAAUGAGUACAGGACUAUGCAGCUCGAGGUUUUAGCAGGGAACCACUCUCUUGUGACUACAGUAGUUGAGAAUGGACUUCGCUUUCAGGUUGACUUAGCAACAGUAUAUUGGAGUUCUAGGCUUGGAACUGAAAGACAAAGGCUUCUGAGUGGUUUCACACGGAACGAUGUUGUCUGUGAUGUUUUCUCGGGAGUUGGUCCCUUAGCCAUAUCUGCUGCGAGGAUAGUUAAGCGUGUUUUUGCUAAUGACUUAAAUCCAUAUGCAGUUGAGUAUCUGGAAAGAAAUAGUGUUUUAAAUAAACUUGAGAAGAAGAUUAAGGUCUUCAACAUGGAUGGAAGAAGGUUCAUUAAGUCUCUUUAUGCCAGUGAUGUUUCUCAGUCCAUCACGCAAGUGGUUAUGAACUUGCCAAGUGAAGCUGCAGAAUUUCUAGAUGCAUUUCGGGGAAUAUACAAAAAUAGACCCAAGGAUGGGGAAUAUACUUUUCCUAUGAUCCAUGUGUAUGGAUUCUCCAAAGCGCGAGAUCCAGAAUUUGAUUUUCACGAGAGAAUAAGAAUUGCGCUGGUAGAAGUAGCAGUCAACGUAGACGUGCGACGGCUAACGGGGUCCACUGCAUCUCUAUUCUCUCUCAUCUUGGGUGUGGCCCCAUGCUGCUUGACAUGUCUCCUCUCAGACCUCAAUUGAAGUACAGGCAGGUCCAGCACAACUACCAGGUGACAGUGACAUUUUCAUGCAUCCAAAAAACACGCCCUUUCUGUUCUGCAAUGAAUGCUCUCUCAAGCACUCACUCAAUUCUUUGAUCCUGUGAUCCCUGGAUGGUCCGGAUAACACUAGCCGGCCGGCCCAGGCAGCACAAAUGCUAUUCUACGAUCCUGUUCCUUUCAUCAAAAUCUUGUGUGAUACAUGUACUAUAUAUAUCCAACCCUAUGAAUUAUGUUUGUACUCCCUGCCCACUAUGCGGUUGGUUGUGCGAAGGAGAAAAGUGUCCAUUGUGAUGGUAGGUGAGGGCAGAAUGGUAAAAUGGGAGGGUGAAAGCAGAGCAAAUCUCAGUUCAGAUUGAGAUCUAAAUAAUGAUCUCCGUGGGGUGGUCCUUCCCUUGUGAUUGUCUUAUUGGUAUGGAUAUGUGAGGGAAAUGGGAAUCGGAGUUGUAGGGGAGGGAUCUCUUGCAAUUUUGUACUAAAAUGGAUUGGUCCUUCACAAGUUGCAUAAAGCCAGAACCAACAGUUACUCUAACUGCUCCAUUCCUUUAUGGUAAUCUCUACAAACAAACAAUCUGUAUUAGUUGCUUACCUCCUCCACUUCUCUCCCUCUCCCUCGUUAAACCACCCCAUUUUGUAGCUAAAAAACAACAACGGGAAGCCUCAUUUCAGAUGCUGGAUUCCUCUAUAUUUAUGAAAUAAAGUAUGGUUAUAUGUCUA